AUAAUAAUAAUAAAAUGCCCAGCUACUGCCACUGAUCACUGAGGAUGGCAUUUCAGAGCUAUUUUCGCUUAGUUUUUCUCUACUCAUUCACUAACAUCAUUGCUUCAACACCAAGCCACUACCAUAAUCAUGUUGUACUCAACAGAAGCAGUUUUCCUGCAGGUUUCAUUUUUGGGACUGCAUCAUCGUCCUACCAGUAUGAAGGUGCAGCAAAAGAAGGUGGUAGAGGACCAUCUAUAUGGGACACGUUCACCCAUAGAUAUCCAGAUAGGAUACAAGAUGGCAGUAAUGGAGAUGUAACUGUUGAUCAAUACCAUCACUAUAAGGAAGACGUUGGGAUUAUGAAGCAAAUGGGUUUAGAUGCAUACAGGUUCUCAAUCUCAUGGUCCCGAGUUUUACCAAAUGGAAAACUAAGUGGGGGUGUGAACAUGGAAGGAAUCAAAUACUACAACAACCUCAUCAAUGAACUUCUAGCCAAAGGUCUAAAGCCCUUUGUGACACUCUUUCACUUUGAUCUUCCCCAAUCCUUGGAAGAUGAUUAUGGUGGUUUCUUAAGUCCACAUAUUGUGAAUGAUUUUCGGGACUAUACCGAGGUUUGCUUCAAUGAAUUUGGCGAUCGGGUGAAGCACUGGAUCACACUGAAUGAGCCAACGAGCUACAGCAUAGGUGGUUAUGCAUCUGGGGUUAUACCGCCAGGGCGAUGUUCUGAUUGGCAAAAUCAGUAUUGCACCAAAGGAAAUUCUGGAACGGAACCAUAUUUGGUGAUACACCACCAACUUCUUGCCCAUGCAGCUACUGUUAAAGCUUACCGACAAAAGUAUCAGGAAAGACAAAAAGGCACUAUAGGUAUAUCGCUCGAGAUAGGCUGGAUGGUGCCAUAUUCUAAAGCGAGACAUCAUUGUAAUGCUAUGCUACGGGCUCUUGAUUUCAGAAUUGGAUGGUUAAUGGACCCCUUGAUCAAUGGUGACUAUCCACAUAGCAUGAGAUCUUUGGUUGGAAACCGAUUACCCAAAUUUACCAAAGAACAAUCUAAGCUCGUAAAUAGGUCAUUUGAUUUUAUCGGAUUAAACUACUAUACUGCUUAUUAUGCAGCCUAUGCACCUCAACAUAAUGCUGGAAACGCAAGCUACUUGACAGAUUCUCGUACUAAUCUUUCAACUGAGCGCAAUGGAAUCCCCAUUGGUCCACAGGCUGCUUCAGAAUGGCUUCAUCUAUAUUCAAGAGGAAUUCGAGAUCUUUUGUUGUACACGAAGCAGAAGUACCAUAAUCCACUAAUUUACAUCACUGAGAAUGGAAUUGAUGAGAUCAAUAAUGCCACCUUGUCACUAGAAGAGGCUCUUGUGGACAACCAAAGAAUUGAAUACUAUUGUAGCCAUCUUUGGUAUCUUCAGAAGGCUAUUAGGGAUGGUGUAAAUGUUAAGGGAUACUUUGCAUGGUCCUUGUUGGACAACUUUGAAUGGAAUUCAGGUUACACAGUUCGAUUUGGCAUCAACUACAUAGACUACAAGGAUGGAUGUAAAAGACACCCUAAACUUUCAGCUCAUUGGUUCAAGAAUUUCCUCAAGAAAUAGAUUAUAGAUAUGAUGUCUAUAUGAUUAACUUAUGUGAAGGCCAUUUCGUUUCCUUCUAUAUGCCAUGCAUAGACUCAAAUGCAUAUUAAAUUAAUAAUAUAUUCCUUAAUCCAUAAUGUAUCAUGAGAAGGCACUUCAACUUUAACAAUCAAUGCACUAAUUCUAUCAUCUUUUUAUUCAGGGGUUCAUCUAACUUUUUCAAAUGUUUUCAUCUUUUGAAAUUCUGCAAAUGGAUCAAGGUAGUUAUCUACUUUGUUGAAUUUGAUAAAUCUUAACUAUUAUGCUACAUUUAAAUGGUUCAGAUUUUAAAGUCUCAGCAUUUCUUGAAUGCGGUAUGCGAGAGUUAGAUCUAUAUAUAAAAAAUGUUAUAAUUGCAAAAUUUGUACCAUUUAGUUUGAAAAUAAAUGUUAUAAUUACACAUUGUAGGAAUAAAUAUUGUAAGACUCUCUUCAUAUAUUAAUAUAAGUUCGAAUAGAAUUCAAGGGUAAUUUUUUUUCCAAUUCUCAAUCCUCAUAUUCUUCAACAAAGUUAUUUUUUUUUUUUUUUCUCAACUUCUAUCUCUACUGUUCUAAUUAUCUGUAACUUAUCUUUUACUUCAUUGCUUGGAUUGAUGGGACCAAUCCUCACAUCCUUCAUAUAUCGUAUAAAUGAUUUCUUGGCUUGAUUCAUGUAGUGGAGAAUGACCCACUUAUUUUUGGUUGCAUGUAAUCUCUUGCUCCAAAUGACCACUUCUAUUAACCUAAUGAUUGCCUAAAGUCAUGUAAAAAAUACUUUUCACAAAAAUUUAAAUGGUCAAUCCUAAAAGUAGGGGUGGGCAACGGGCCCAGCACCCCGUUACCUGGCCACCCGUCCACCCCACACCCCUAGCGCAUGGUGGGGCUGGCAAUCCCGCCCGCCCAUGCUUAAGUAAUUUCUUGUAUUGUUUUAGUAUUAUUAGAAACCAUUCAAAACCACCAAGUUUGAAAUGUAUAGUCUUUCCGAAUUGAUCAAAUGGAAAUGCUAUAUGGAACUCCUUUUCCAGUUACGCCAGGGCUGGAAAAUGGCUUCAAAAGCUCAUACGGCACAACCCCAGCUCCUACUCUAUUCUUCAAACUAUUGUUCGCAUUCCUUUCAUCAAUUAUCCGUUCAAGUUCCCUCAAUCUCCCAUGGAACCUCUCAAAUGCCUCCUUUAUAAACGGAUCUUCAGCCCAUGAUGGCUCACUUUUCUCCCCAAGAUAUUCUUCGUCGGGUGAAUGAUUAGACAAUAUGUCCAAAACAGCCAUCACUCUUGUUGCUUGAAGUUGUGAAGGGAAGCAUUGCAAAAGUGCGCGUUCAGGUUUUUUCAAGAAAAUUUUCCAUUCUUCUUCAGUUGGGUCUUCUGUAGGCAUAUUGGUUCUAGCAAUGGUUGGCCGAUUUGGGAAGUAGCCCCCGUAAGCAUAUUGACCGAAGUUGGCGGCGGCAUGGUGGCCGGAAGUCACCCAAGUGAUCGUUGUGAGGAUGUCGAUUAGGUCUUUCUGGGUCUUGAGAACCGGCCACCACGGUUCGUCCUUCUUGUCGGCGUGGCCAACUGUUCGAAUUUCCGUCCACCAUGAUUGGAGCUCUUGAUCAAACUCCACAAGGCUAGGGUCAGGGUAGUAGUGAUUGACAUAGUCUGUGACCCAUUGUUUGAUGGCAUCCCAGAGGAUGAGACCAUCAUUUCCGUAGGGGUAGUCUUUGAUUGUUAGCCUUAGUCCAUGAGGAGCAGUUGGAUCCUCAACGGCCAUUCCCCUGCGUACAAAAUUGCAAAAGAACCAAUCGAUCUUAAAAUUUGAUAUAGGGGAAUUAAUUAGAUUGUACACAUCAAUGAAAACCUAUAAUAUGCCACUUGAUUGCCAAUAAGUUGCAAAACAACAAGUUUCCUGUUUGUUAAGAGUACUUCUACUUACAGUUGAUGUGGAUUACUCAUCUUUUACGAAUAUAAUAGGAUUUGAUUUAGGAUAGCGUUUUCCUCCAAACUAGUUUGUGAAAAGUUUCCUCCAAUCCCAUAUAUGAAAGUGACAAGUGUUCUUAGAACAUAUGACAAUUAAUAAGCAUAUGCCUUUUUAAAAAUCUAAAUUUAAAAAUGGUAUAUGAUGUCAUGUGUCCCUUCAUUAAGAAUAUGUGUUUCUUUGCAUGCUCAAAGGAUACAUGAAAAAAUUUUAAAUGGGUUGGAGGAGCGGUUUGGAAGAAAACUCUUUUAUUUGAUUUUUUAUUUUUGAAAAUCUAAAAGAUUGGCUAAUUGGAAACUACGUACCUGUUAAUUAGGUCAGCAGGAAGUGACUCCUUGUCGAACCUCCAUUGGAGAUCAUAGGCGGCAGAGCAGAUUUCCAUGGAAUAUUUACCAGGUGCGAAUGCAGACUCAAUGGUGCCACCUGCAUUGAUAAGUGCUUCUCGAGCCAGAGCAUUGAUCUCCAUUGUGUAACGAAAAUGAGGGUGCAACAGUCUGUAGAUUGGAUGCAUCACGCUAAGUUGCCUAUUUGUAGCAAUUACGUAAGGCUCUGUUACACAGUGAGUUCUUAGCCUGGAAAAGAGAUCAGUCAAAUCAUUUCCCUCAUUAAUGUAAAUCAAAUUGAGCUUUGAAGGAAAAA